AUGGAGACGAAGAAGCGUGUUGAAGUGCGGUUUAUGGUGCACAAAGUUGGCAGUUUUGUAGUAAAAGAGCGUGUGCUUUGCUUUGGUGAAUAUUCAUUCUCAACGCUGGACCGGGAGAAUCAACAGGUGACGAAUACGUGGCCAUAUGAAGACGUGGAGAGUGCGAAUGUACUGGAAGGAGAGACUGAUUUUGUGAUUUAUACACCACGUCAUCGUGUCAAGAAGACGGUCUACCGUUGUUCUUUUCGUAUGGAUGUACUUGUGUGUCUUCUGCGUCUACGUAGUCAGCAUUAUGCCAAGAUGCCGACUCAUGUAACACCUACGGAACUACAGAUGCACACGUUUCAAGGCCUGAAAUAUCUUAAGAGUAGGAUGCAAAUUACUUGCGUCUUGGAGAUUCGACCAGACGGCAUUUAUCAGAAAGACAUGGAUGGCGACGUAAUGAGUCACAUUUCCUACACUAGUUUGGUCUCUAUUGAUUUAAUUUAUGACAACGAUGAAGCAAUUUCGUUAAAUCACUCGGACAAUUCGAGUCUCUUUAUAGUCCCAAGACGUACUGAACUUGCACAAGCUAUUGGGAAAGUUAUGAAAGCUUAUGGGAUGCACAUUAAUGAAUAUCAUGAGAAAACACUGGAAAUGGCGCUAAGAAAUAAUGGCAAAGUCUCAAAGACGAGUGCCAUAUCAUUUGAGUAUCAAGUGUCGAAAGCUUCACCGUUCAAUGAGUCCAGAGCUACUCUAAGGACACUUUCCGUAUCGGAAAGCUACAUUACAGAGUACGCAGAUGAGAAGACUGUGAUUUGUAGUCGUCCUUUGUCACGAAUUUACAGUCUCAUCAUGUACCAAGGCACCGUGCAAGAGUUUGGAGUCGUGUAUGUGGAUGGAGUCAAGCGCACGUAUCAUUCUGCUUAUUGUGAGAAGAUUGUGUGUGAACUGUUAGCGUCUUGUUUCGCGCUGGGCAACUUUCAGGUGGGUUUAGAGACGACAGAAAUAUCGGAUUCCAUACGCAUGAUACCCCGUAACAUCAUUUUUAAAGAAGGCAAUAAGGUUGCGAAUAUUGUGCCGAAUGCGAACGUGAUGGAUCGAGAGCUCCGUGUAGCGCAAGCGAACAUCUUGCAGCUGUUAGCCGGACAUGGCAAUCGGAAGACAGCUCGCACGCAACGACAGCUGCCUCGAGGCCUGGACGAAGAAAUGCACUCGUUGGCAGUAGAGCUUAAUGCGAAUACAUCAGCAUCUGGCGCGAUUGCACAGCCUAGCAAACCUUUCGAAAAGGCGUUGUACAUGAUAGCGAGGGAGCUCUAUGACAUUCACAGUCGGCAUGGCGCGACACACGACUUCGUGUGCACGUAUAUGCAAUCUCUCUAUCGUUUGAUUCUUGCGCCAGCUGCCAUGAACGAAUUCAUGAAAAUUCUGACAGAGCGUGCAGAAGAGUAUAUUAGUACCAUUGCUAAAAUUCUGGAAAGCAAAAGACCAGUCGCUACCUACUGGAUGUUUAUGGUGCUAAGUCGGUUGAUGGAGUCAAAAGUUCACAAGCUGCAGUGUCGACAGCUUCUGUUGUCCAAUAGCGUUUUUAUGGUGACGCUUCUUUCGUUGCUAGACGAGGAUGUUCACACGAGUUCGUUUUUGUCGGAUGUACCAACGAUGAAGUUGUGCCAAUUCAUUCUGUUACUAGUGAAGGAAAAUGCAGAGAAGCAGCGGGACCUUUCAGCAACUCUUUAUCAGCAACUAGCAACAAAAUAUCGCAUGCUGCAACGUAUUCUUUUUAGCUUUCCUGGUCUGGGAACUGUGGAGGCCUGCGUGGGUAUCUUGAGUAGAAUGACGAAGAACCCGGCGUUUUUACACUUUGGUAAUAUGGGCUCGCCGUUGCGAUCCAAUGACGGAAAGAUUCCUCGCCAAACGCUUAGCUUUGGUGAAACAUUGAGUUUCGGUAUAGGCAGCCAACGUGGAGCUGUAGCCCCGCCGUCCUCUCGUCCCCCAACGUAUUCGUCUCGAAGAAAUAUCUACGUGGCAAGUCGAAACAAUACGUUUUCAUCGUCCGAGUCUUCAUCGAGUGGGUUGUCUGGCACCCCGGCUAAUAUGGUAAUCGUUCAAAACCCUGAAGUGCUAUUGCGGCAAUAUCGACAGUUUCUUGAAGCAGCAUGCGGCUCCCUGAAGAUGGGGAUCGAUCAAUACGACGACCCUGUAUUUUUACGUCUUCGAUACCGAUGUCGCAACGUUUUUUUGCAGGAGCUAAUGAGCCACUUGGUGGGUAGUUUUGAGGAGUUCAAGCGCAUAUACCGUGUUGAUUGCUGCCAAUUCAGCGGCUUUAUUGGCACAUCAGAUGGGCAGCGAGAAAAGGCAAGUUUUUAUUUGACGCCCCGAGCUUUGAUUGCUGUGCGAGUUGUGACUAGGCAUACUCAUGAAUUUGAGUAUCGAUCAAUCGAAAAGCUUACUCAAGCAGCGGCAAUUCCAGAUGCGUUCAUUUUUACAAUAAAAAAUAAGCUGAAGUUUAUUUACUCCGUUCAGAGCAACGUGAUUGUCGAAAAAAUGAAGAUACUAGCUGGUGUGAUUGGGAUCCAUGUUUGCUGCGAAAUACGGGAUAAGCUUCCAAAGCAGCCAGUGGAAAAGAAACUUAAUCAUUCCACUUUUCAAUCAAAUGAUUUAUUUGAUGUCCAGAGGCGAACAGGCCGACAUGGAUCGACGCACUUGCGAAAGAAAAAGCUAUGCUUUGUUGAUGGAACCAUUGAAGAGAUCACCAACUUUUCCAAAAAAGUAUACGAUUUGAAAAAAUUGCGGCGUGUAGUGGUUCCUGGGUUGGGAAGUGGCGAGACGCAGGCUGUUGUUGCGUUGGAAUUUGCGGAUUGCAGUCGUGUGGUUUACGUGCCGUAUGAAUUGGAAAAGUUUCUGGCGGCACUGUACGAUGGUUAUCGCUAUAUAGACAACUAUGAUGUAUCAUUUAGUCGAGAGUUUCCUAACUUGAACCCGAGAAUGUCUUUGAGAGCAUUGUUAAAGGACGAGCAUGAACAUUCCCUCUAUUUCAACCACGAAGGAUUAUACAUUCCAGCACACGCAGUUUUGGAGAAAGAGCUUGAUAUGAUGAAAACGGAAGGUGUUAGCAUUACGUCCGUGACAAACAAGGUCAUUUUUGCACUUGAAAGUUUGAAUAUGAAUGUUGAAAUGGAAGAUUUUGCUGGCAAAAUCAUGCGUGGACGGUUGGAAAAGUUAUCAUUUAGUUACUUGCUCCAUGGAAUUGCUAAUAUGCUUGAGCAUUCUUGUAAGCCACCAAUUCGGGCAAACGAAAUAUGUGUGAUUCUGGAAGCGUUUUGCCGCGUCAAUGAUGGCUGCUAUCGGAUUGCAAUGGAGCAGUCAGACGGUGGGGCGAUGGCAGUCGUUCCAACGCUGGCUCAAAUACUAGUUUCAGGUGAUCCAAUUGCAUCUGUAUGGGCAGUCAAUGCGCUUCAUUCGCUUGUGACAGACAAAUCGCGAUCAAACGCACAUCAAGCAGCUGAAAAGGUCAUUCGGUACCAGGUGUUUGAGCAUAAGAAGCUAAUUUUGUUGUUGGCUGAUCUGCUGGAAAAGCGCAACCCAAGCUGUACGCUGGCCAUGCUUCAACUGUUUCUGGAUGUGCUUGUUGUUACUCGCCCCAGUACUGAUCCGAUUCACUUCGAUGCCAUCGUCAAAGCGCUCGGGGCAAAAUAUUUGCUAUUGAUGGAACUAGCGUCUCAAAACGCGAAUGCAGGGUUGGCUGCAGCUGUUAUUUGUGUCUUGAAGGUGAUAGUUGACAUUGGCAAUGGAGAUCAUAAGGUACGACGACGUAUUUGUGAUGUUGCCCUGGAAUCAGGGCUUACCAUAAAGCAUUUGUACGAGGCGUUUUUUCACCCUUCAGAUAAUGCAAAGGAGACGUACCAGUACAUUUCAAGUAUCUGGGUAACUCACCAUAAAGCGUCUCAUGAAAUGCUUGUGCGAGUGCUCCCGCAUGGAUUUAUACGAAUGAUUUCGAGCCCAAUGGUACGUAAAUUGCUAAAAAAGCAGCGAGCUCGACAAACUGAUUCUGUGCGACAGAAUAGUAAGCAUCAACUUCAGGGUCAAGUUGACGGAUCAGAAUGGUUCAUUAGUCGCAUGCAGCUUCAGAUUGGAACACUUUUUGCAAGUAAUUCGGCAAAAGAUGUCCAAGUCAAGGAAAAAUCGUCACGCACGAAUUACCCCGGCGAAUCAUCUACAGAUAUGGCCUUAAUCUCGAGUAUGGUAUGCAGAGAUUUCUUGCUGCCUGACUUGAUUUGGAAUGAACUUACGCGAGGUGAACUGAAAGGUGCUCUUGAUUCGGCGAUUAAGGAAUUUGAUCAUUUUAGAGACAAUCACGCUGCUACACUAUCAGUAGUUGUUUCCCAAAAUAGUGGCAACGAGAUCAAAUGGAACCACGCCCAAUUCUCUGUGAGAUACAAAAGCAUUGCGCAUGAGCUUCAAGUUGACCGAUUUUAUCUCCGUGUCAUCAUGGAAAGAAUAAACGAUGGAUCCUUGCAGCUGGCUGAGGUUGCUAAAACUGUCCGCGCGAUGGAAUCUGGAACGCAUCGUGGUAAGCUGAAAGGUUCAAGUAGCCUAUUCUUUGCCAGUAUGGAUAUUGCGAAAGACCCUGCAAAGCUUUUUAACGAGAUAUAUCAGUGCUGGUUGGAACAUCUUCAUUUAAACGACAUUCCUUUGUCUGGAAGAAAUGAUUGGUCCGCGAGCGAAAGCAAUGGUGUCCCGCAGUUUACCGGAGCAAUGGGUAGCGAACAGCAUGGACAUUCUAUGCUGAAAAUUUUGAUCGAGUUAGCUGGUGUAUUCCCUGAAGCUCGGUCUAUGACGUCACACAGAGCACAAUUUCUUACUGAGCUGCUAUAUAAUUCUUACCUUGCAAGUGACAUACAAGACAUUCUGGAGUUGAUGUCAUGCUUAAGUCUAUCAAACGAGACCUGCGCUGAGUUGUGUACAAAGAAUUACAUCCAAGUGCUUUUGUAUAUAUCGUUGCUGUCGCAUAGGCGCCAGCCAGCAUCAGCAGAAAGAGAUAGGACGAGCGAUUAUUGCGAUAUUCCAAUAAUGGACUCAUCAGACAUAUCAAAAGCAGACGAAACCUCGUCUGUUCCGAUAGCAGAACUUUCUUUCUACAAUGAAUCAAGGUUUGCUUUGAAAUGGAGCAUAAAGCUCAAAGGUAUGGUAGAGGCUGGAGAAGACAGUGUGAUUGAAGGCCCGUUUUCAGCGAACGCGCUGAAAGAAUUCCUAGACGCAAACUCUCUCAUUCGUCGCCGGCAGAUUUAUUCUCUCUGUGUGUGUUGCUGCUCUGCUCAUGGAUGUGGAAAUUCUAGUAGCAUUGAACACGUAUGGAAGCCGAUGUUUGAGUAUCCAGAACUACGAUGGAUGGAGUUAACCGACGAGCCUAUUGACGCAAGUUGUGCAGCUUUCGCGUUGAAAACGUUGCGAAACUUUAUGGUCACAACCCAAGGUACCAUGCCAUUUGGUAACAAAACGUUGUGGCCGCCUCCUUUGGUAAAUACGGUUGUGGCUAAUACUUCUUCAUUAGCCUUUAUAUUUCAGCUGCUACUGGUAAAUAACUCCAUUGAACGGAGGUAUGUCUGCGAGAUGCUAAUGUCUUUGACCGACGAAGAACUGCAAGAUGUAUAUAAAUAUGGAGCUUUCUACUUCAUUUUGUCAACGGCUGCGAAUCUUAACGGAUCUGACAAAGUACCUACUUUUGUUCCCGAGGCAACACUACUGAAACGAAUUCAUCGAUUUCAGCGAUCAUCUGAACGACACGUAGGGCAGAGCUACUUAACGGACAUGCUGCCAGAAUCUCUCAUUGCGGUGUUGGACUCGGAGACUCCUGAACAUUUUGCUGACGUGUACUGUGGUCGCAUACACGACAAGCGCGUUUUGUGGUCCUCAACGAUGAGGGUUCAUUUGCAAGCAAUGAUGGAUGAACACUUGCAAGAGUUCAAAGCACAUUUGAAGGGCAAUGUUGCAGCACGGUAUAGCUACACUCCAAUCCCUCCCAUUUCCUACCUAGAGUUAUCUGGAGACAUCUACUGCAGUGGCUUCUAUCUUGCAACUAUGAAUCAAUCUGAUUCUGAAGCCGAAGAAAUCGAGAAUCCUGUGUUUUUAAUGAAGAGCAUUGAGGAAAAGUGGCGCCACUUUGCUCGGCGUCAAGCUGAUGGGCUGGAAGAGAAUACAGAUCACACGACCGCUUACAAAAUAUUUGGCUUAAGCGAAGACGCAAAGUACUCUUUAUCUGACUUGCGCACGCGUUACCGGGAGCUAUGCCAGAAUGAACUUGAGAUGAACACGGUUCGUCGUGCGUUUGACGUACUGUGUGCUGUGCUUGAGCGCAAAAACGAAGCCGACGGUGGCCGGACAUCGGACGAAGUUAUUGAGCGUAUUCUGAUGUCCCAAAUUCAGCUACUGGACAAAUAUGGCUUCCAGUUUUUCUCGUACGAGUCGUCGACGCUGGAUUUGUUAAUCAGUGCAUUGUCAUCUCAAUCAGCGGGAGUGUCUAAAUCGCGCGCCCUUGCGAUGAGUUUGCUGCGGCAACUACUAUCCUUUGCGCCGCAAAAUGGUCCGCUUUUAGUAAAAAUCGAUGGUAUGUGGAACGUAGUUCUCGAUUUGGUGGGAAGCUGUGCAACCGGACACGAUGUGGUAGCAAAAGAGAAUAUGUUUUCGAUUCUUCAGUUGCUUCUCCUUUCUGAAGAAGGAGUUCAAUCGCUUUCGAGAGGGGAUAAAGUUGCUGCUAGCAAUGUGGUGCCGUCGAAGACAUUUGACUUCAACACAUUUGGAGACGAUGACAAUACGUCAUUUUUUACUGCGACGAAGUACACGUCUCAAAACGGAGCAACUAAAUCGAAGCACGCCCAAAGCGUAUAUUCGUUGCUAGAUGACGUUAUUUUAUCAUUUGAGAAUAUUCAGCCGUGGCAUAUCCAAAAAAUGUCGUUCGAUAUUGCGUCAUCACUUUGUCGUAGCCACGUACUACAAGAACAAAUCCUAAAUUCUACUCGAGUAUUUUGGAAGGGUCUUUAUUUGAUUCUUGCAUCAGCCGAGAGCACAUCAGGACCUAAUGCAGCUCAGGAAAGUAUAACCGCGUUGGAGAAGCAGGAACGUAAGAUGCUGGAGAGCGCUUUUGGAGCACUUCGAUCGCUAGCUUUGGGUCCUGACGGUAACAGCCGAUCUGCGGGGCUUGAUGCUUUAGCAAAUCUCCUUCCGAUGGACUUCUUGGCUUGUCUCGAAAAGCCUAGUGGAUAUGAUUUUUGCACCACAUUGCUGUCGAAUAUUCGUGAGCCGUCCUGUAUCUGGAACGAAAAUACGCGGGCCGAAUUGUCUCAGCUUACGGAAGAGUACUGCACUGAUCCUAAUGGUGAUGGCUUAUUAUUUUUGGAGAACGCCUCGAACCACAUGUAUGAUUGUCUUGGUGCUGAGCCUUUUGUUGGAGGAAUAUAUUUACUGAUUCUGCUGGAAAAGUCAGAAGAGAAUCCUAAAGCGAUUACGGAAGAUAUGCUGUAUCCGACCACAGCCGUCGACUUUGUGGAAUCUCUUUUCUUGUUUUUGAAUGAGAAUAGAGAUCCCAAGCUUGGAAUUUAUUCUGACACACUACCUGCAUUGGAUUGUUUAAGUCUUCUAUGUGACUUGCCUGACUUCCGGCCUGUUAUCGUGGAGUGCUUAGAGCAACACGUUGAUGAUGUGGAUCCAGUAAGCGCUUCGAUUUCGGUGGCCACAUUGGGUAGGUACUUACUGCCGUUUAAUAAUAGUGAUGACAAAACAAAAGCAGUAUCAAUUUCAUCUCGUCGGUCGCUGUCAACUUACGGCUUUAAGGCCAAGAUUUGGGCUGACGAUGCACCCGCUACGAUGGAACCCGAUUUUGGAAAUGUUGAUUAUUUGGCCCGCCAAGAACUUGCGCUGCUGAUUUUGAACAAAAUAUGUGGAUUCGAGUACAAUCUGGAGCGAAUGCUAUCACCUUUUUGCCAAUUUACGUGGUGUCUUCAGGUGAUCACGGAUCAUCUCGAUUAUGAACAAGCAUUUUACGCACUGUCCUGUUUAGCCGAGCUGUGCGACACUUGCCUUGUAAUUGCCGAAUAUAUUCAGAUGAGUGGGCUGUGGGUCGAAAUUUUGGGCAUCGCACUUCAAUCGAGACAGCACGUUCUCCAUGAGCAUUUUCUUCGAGCUGAAGCUUUACGAGAACCCGCAUUUGAAGUUUUGUAUGCACUGUUGAUGAAAGACAUAGCUUUGCGAGAAAAGAUGUACAGCGGCCUUUGUCGGUUUCUUCCUUACCCUAUCGUAUACCAAAUUCAUUUGGACCCAAACAAGGCAACUCGAUUUUUUGAUGACAACCACGAAAAGAGUGACUUGAUAUGGAACUCACACAGACGAACUGAAGUGCGCAAGAAGCUCGACCAAAUUAUUUGCCGCAAUCGAUUAGAACGGUCUAGAGCAAAACGAGAUUCUGUUUUGCUUGACAAUGAGACAGAUUUCAUUCCGCUUCCCCAUAAUUUUGUAGCGGGUCUCUACAUUGAUCGCUUCUUGUCUCGACCGGACCCUGAGAAACUGACAAAUCCAGCAUACAAUUUGGAGCUUCUUUUCCAGAUAUGGAGGACUCAACUGGAGAAACUGAUGAGCUUUGACCUACAAAACCCACCCGAGAACCUCAAGACAGUCGCUGAUGAGAUUGACAAGUACACUAUGGCGAUAACACAUAUUUUACGGGCAUCACUUGAUAUUGACGAAAGUAUCGCUAACAACUGUAUACCAGAACAAAUCGUGAAGCUUGUCCGCUACUGUAAUCAACGCUUAAUUACAAGUUUCCCGUACCGUUGUAUCUUACAUAUCGCUCGACGCUUGGUGCAGUUUCCUGAGAUUACCGCAAAAGAAUUUGUUGAGCUGCUAAUUUGCCGUAUUACUAUGCAGCACCCAGAUAUUCCAAAUCUGCUGAAGAUUCUUCGUCGUGUAUUGGAAGCGCGCAACACGGCACUGACGGAAAAUGGAACGAAGGAUGAUCCUGAGUAUUGGUUGAAAGACCUCAAAUACUAUCCCCAGAUGCUGGCGUUCUUGGAAGGGCUGGUAGAGAACAAAGAGCAGAACGACGUUUCUUUGAUAUCCAACGUAAAUCGCGUGCUGCGCAUAAUCCACGCUGAAGAGCCAAAGGAGACCAAUUUGAAGCAGACAUCUCGUAGCUUCAUGGGACGCUGGCACAAUUUUACGUUGGAAAGCAAAACAUCGAUACUCCGUAACUCGACGAAGACCUUGCAAACUGAAACGAAGCUGCCAGCGAACACGAUGGCAAUGGAUCUUGAAACGGCUAAUACGAACACGUUCAGCGCACAAAGUUUUGACGUGGAUGGGGCAAGAGAACGACCAUCAGAGAUUGCAAGCACUGAAAGCUUUGACGUGGAUGAGAAAAGAGAGCCUUCCAUCCGUGUCGAUAUCAAAGGGAUGCCCGAUGACCGCGAAAUUGACAUUGACGGUACUUUUAUCCAAACACCUCCGAAGAGCAUCAACUUCACUAACGGUACGGUCGAGGUAGGAGACGCGGUUGCACCUCUCAGCUUUCAAUACAAGGGUGAAAAAAUCGUGCGCAAUUCACCCUUGCCAUCUUCAAGGUCCGUUCGUUACUCGACUCUCGGAGCUCACUACGAACCGGUUGACUCCCAGUAUCACUCAAAAAAGGCAGCUGAGUAUGAUGAACAUGAGGACGAUGAGGAUAUUUUUGCUAGCCGACCGCGUCGCGGGAGCGUCCCGUCACAGCCAGACGAUGUGAAAGCAAAGAGGGUCAAUGGAUUGACUUACGCUGCUGGUGCAGGACGUGGUAUCCCUAUGAGCAGCAUCAACGUGAGCAACUAUGAUUCUCAAAUACCGAUUGACCGACGACGAUCGCAAGAGGCAAGUGAAGUCCCGUCCGAAGCGACGACGAGUUUGAGUCGACCGAGUGGCAUUACUUCCGAUCGACGUUAUUCACUUCUAGACUCGUGGAAACCGCCAAGCUCAGCAGCACCAAUCUCGUCUCUCACAUCGCUCACAAUUUCCCGACGAGGACGUCGAGCUGCUGCAGUCUACAGCCGACACAAGUCAAAAGGUAAAAAGCGAUGGUUUCAUCUCUAG